AUGGAUAAUAAUCUCGCAGAAACCGUUAGGAUGAAGAUGGAGGACUACGUGAAUAAGGGUUACGUGCGAAAGCUGACGCAAGCAGAACUCAACAAACAGCAGUCUCAACAAUGGUUCGUGCCCGUAUUCCCUGUUGUGAAUCCCAACAAACCGGGUAAGGUACGGCUAGUAUGGGACGCCGCUGCUCCUGCUCAUGGUGUUUGCCUCAAUUCGUUCCUAAUCAAAGGCCCUGAUCUUUUGACAUCGCUACUAGCAGUUCUCGUCCAGUUUCAGGAGUUUCGCAUCGCUAUCUGCGGGGAUAUUCGGGAGAUGUACCUGCAGAUUCUUCUGAGACAAGACGUUCGCCUGUGCUUCUUUUGGAGGGACGAUGUAGAGAGCGCUGAACCCAGCAUAUACACUUUGCUGGUGUUGCCGUUUGGGGUAUCAUGUGCCCCUAGUAUCGCGCAAUAUGUGAAAAAUACCAAUGCUCAGCGAUUCCAGGAAAGUCAUCCGGCAGCGGUUCGAGCCAUCGUCGAUAAACAUUACGUGGAUGAUAUGCUUGCAAGCGUCGAAAGCGAACAAGAAGCAAUAGAUCUCGCGCUGAACGUGAAGGAAAUCCAUGCUGAAGCCGGCUUUGACAUGAGAAAUUGGAUCUCAAACUGUCCGGCUGUUUUGGAGGCGCUACAUGAGAGAAUCACGGAAGAGAAGGACCUUAGUAUGGCGGAAGGAACCACUACGGAAAAGGAAAUAUGGAGAACGUCCGUCGGAUGGGAUGAUCCUAUAGAAGAAAAACAGUUUGGAAUGUGGAUGCAGUGGCUAAAGGUACUUCCUGAAGUGGCGACGGUAGAAAUCCCACGUUGCUAUAGGACCGCUACAUCAAUUGAUAGUACCAACGAAGUGCAAAUGCACAUCUUUGUCGACGCUAGUGAGAAAGGGUUCGCUGCAGUGGUAUAUCUGCGAUUCAAGCAAGGAGACAUCAUUGAAACGGCGCUGGUAGGAUCAAAGACACGUGUUGCACCUAUCAAGUUCCUAUCAAUUCCGCGAUCGGAGCUACAAGCCAGCGUAAUCGGAGUAAGGUUGGCGAACAGCAUAGCGCAAUCGCUGUCCGUCAAGAUUAACAGGCGCUUCUUUUGGACCGAUUCAAGCGACGUCAUCAGCUGGCUCAAAUCCGAUCAUCGCAGAUAUAGCCCGUUUGUCGCUUUCCGAGUGAGCGAGAUGCUGGAAGCUUCGGAUGUCAGCGAAUGGCAGUGGAUUCAAACGAAUAAUAAUGUCGCUGACGAUGGAACAAAGUGGAAACGAGUAACUGAUAUGAGAAAAACAAGUCGAUGGUUCCACGGUCCGGAAUUUCUCAAAACUCCAGAAGCAGAAUGGCCUGUGAAGAUACACGUCGAUAACGCUACCUCGGAGGAAUUACGUCCACAUUUAUUGCUGCACAUCAAAUUUCCAGAGCCAAUCAUCGAUCCUCAAAACUUCUCCAAAUGGACUUCGCUUCUACGUCGAUGCGCAUACGUGUUUCGAUUCAUCGGGAAUGUGAAGACAUCCAGCUCUGAAGAAAGAACUGUUGGAGCAUUGACAGCUGGUGAGCUAGUAAAGGCUGAAAACUACUUGUACCGGCUGGCCCAAGGUAGUUCGUACGCAGAUGAGCUAGCAAUACUAUCGAACACAAGAGCGUCCAAAGAUUCUACCUUGACGAUACCGAAGAAUAGUUCAAUCUAUUAUCUCUGUCCGUUCCUGGACCAACAUGGCGUACUCCGGGUGCGUGGUCGAACCUCGGCGUGUCCCGGUGUGAAUCCGGAUGCAGUGAAUCCAAUCAUCCUUCCACGAAAUAAUCACAUCACACGUCUCAUCAUAUCCCACUACCACAACAAAUAUCAUCAUCAAAACCACAAUACCGUGGUUAACGAGUUGCGCCAACGAUACAGCAUUUCUCGACUGAAGCCUGCCUACAAUGAGAUUCGUCGAUGCUGUCAGCAGUGCAAAAACGAUCGUGCACAACCACUACCACCAGCUAUGGGCGACUUGCCAUUACCUCGCCUGGCCGCAUACGCUCGACAGUUCACGUAUAUGGGGGUGGACUACUUUGGACCAAUUAUGAUUACCGUUGGACGUCGUCAGGAGAAGCGUUGGGUACUUCUCGCCACAUGUCUAACCACUCGCGCCAUCCACUUGCAAAUCAUACACAAUAUGACUACCGAUUCCUGCAUUCUGGGACUGAGAAACGUAAUGGCAAGGAGAGGGGUACCUGCUGUAAUCUUUAGCGACCGGGGUACAAACUUCGUGGGAGCUAGCAGAGAGCUAGAAAAUGCCAUGCAGAACUUGGAUCAAGAGCUUCUUGCAGAAGAGACGUUGUCCUAUGAAGUGCUGGAAAACAUGCUAGCAGAGGUCGAGAAUAUCAUCAAUUCUCGUCCACUAACCAGCAUUCCGCUGGACGAUGACCAGUCCCCAGUGCUGACUCCCAACCAUUUUUGCUGGGAUCAAGCAACGGAUUAA